AUGCCCCUGGUUAGUAAAUUCCUAAUUCUAAAAGGAGGGAGAGAGGGGGGGGGGGGGGAAGGUUGGUCAGUUGGAGGCAUUGAGGAUAGCGCCGUAGUCCGUACAGCAUACGGCAUUAUCAGCAUCACCGGUAUCAUAGGAAACACUCUCAUCUGCUUAAUACUACUGCGUUUCCGUCAGAUGCGAACGAGCACGAGUUACUUCGUGGUGCACCUCUCCGUGGUGGAUCUCCUGUCCUGCAUUAUGGUGGUACCGGUUCACCUCUUCCCGUCCCCGCCAUCGAUGGCCGGAAAGUUUGGCGAUUUCGUCUGCCGCUUCUACGUCAGCAAGUACGUCAUGUGGACCUGCAUUCUGGUGUCUGUGGGCAGCCUGGUGCUCAUUAACCUGGAGCGCUUCGUGGCUAUCGUGUACCCUUUGAAAUACAAGAGACUGUACACCACCCGUAAGAUCACCAUGAUGCUCCUGGGGUGCUGGCUCUACGCCCUUGUACACAACUCUUUUUUCUUUGCCGUGUAUGAGCUUAAAGGUCCAGACGUCUGCCAGUACAUCGGCUUCCCGAGCUUGGAGGUACAAAUUGUGUUCUCGUUCUACCAUUACUUCGUGUAUUACGCUGGGCCGCUCGGGUUCAUGCUGGCCAGCAAUUGGAAGAUGGUCAACAGCCUGAAGGAACAGAUUUCCCGGCUCAACAAUCAACCCGACCGUGCAGACAAGAAGAAACUGUGGCACGCCCAGGCAGCCCACGAGCUUCAGAAGACCCUAGUCCUUGUCGUCAUCACCUACGGCAUCUGCUGGGGCCUCAACCAGACAAUGUUCUUCUGUUUCUUGCUGACCGUACCAGUAGACUUCACCCAGCCCUACUACCACUUCGGCGUCAUCCUCGGGGUCUGCAACUCUUGCUUGAAUCCACUCAUUUACACGGUGAAGAAUAAAUCUUUCCGUAAUGGUCUGAAGGCCUUGGUAUUGCCGUGCAGGGGAGAGAAGGUACACGCACACUCUGCAGCUACCACUAGCAUAUCUUUGGCCGUGUCCAACGAGGAGCAGGGUGCGGCCAACGGUUGA